AAAAUCAUAACAAAUCCGCCGAUCGAAGUAGUAUUUUCAACAGUGAUUCUGCCGUAAUGGGAGCUGCGCCCAGCAAUACCCGAACGGUUGUGAUACCAAAUACCAAUGUGGUCGAUAUCUCGAACGACGUAGUGAAGCGGAUGGCAAACGGGGCACCGGCGAAAGCGAAAGAAGACCAACAACAGCAGCAGCAGCAGCAGCCUGAUAAAAGUGCAACCAGCGACAGUCUCUCCACCGGAACAGGUCCCAGUUCGUACCCUAAUCCGGUCACUCCGAAAACCGUGUUCCACGGUGAGAUGCCGCUUACGUCGAUGCAGAUCCGCCAGGAGACGGAACGAGAUUUGCGCGAGAAUGACGCCCUUUGGGCCCACCGUUUGAAGGGGUUGGAAACGAGUCUGACGCAAACGGAACACGUGCUGGAAAAAGAGUAUAACGAGGCGGUCGCCGAUGUGAAGAAGCACUUUGCGACAUCUGCGAUCCGGCAGCCUCUUCCUCCUUGCCAGGACAUGAAGGCGAAAGUGAUCGAAUGCUACCGCACGAAUGGGCACGAAACGUUGCGGUGCGCCAGCGUAGUGCAACGGUUUGCUGACUGUGUUAAUCUGCACCGCAUACAACUACUUCAGCAGCGGGUAGCCACGGAAGAGGCCAUCAAAAAGCAGUAAUCAUGGGUUACUUACGGGUUCGCGUGUGUUCGGGUCAGGACACCAUUCCUUACAAAAUAAAGA